UGAUAAAAGAUGCCUGGGACACCGGACGCUUUCCCCAUUUUUUUUAGAUGCUUUGUUUUAGUGAUCUUGCCAUUCUCGCAGGGGCCUGGGAUCGUAGUAGGGAGGAAUUCGAUGAUGGAUUGAGGGUUUUAUGUGAACGACUCAAGCUGAGGAAGCAGGAGUACGCCAGGGAGUGUAGGGAGUUGGGGGGAAGAUCCGCAAAGGUUGAGCGGAUUUUUCUCAGGAUAUGGGGCGUGGAUGAUUCACACCUGGAAGGACGGAUUCCCGAAACACUAGGGCAGGCAUCACCUACCAUAAGAGAUGCUCGGGUUACGAAAUGCGACGAUCUUGCGAUCGAAGCUGAGGAGAGGGAGGAGAUGGAGCGAGCGAUUGCCGCCAUUGCCAACACCAUCAGGGACUCCCACCUCACGGACGGCCGGACGGAUGACGGGACCUCGGAACGGGACAGAUACACAACUUUCGCCCCCCUAGCAUCCGCGUAUUGGGUAGACACAUCCACCCGGUUCCGACAUGCGAUCUGGAAGAUGGAGACCUUUAACCACGUCGCACCGAUCUCCAUUAGGGCACUCCAAUUCCUGGGCAACAUCACGGACGCACAGUGGAUGGAGGCCUAUGAUCCGGAGUUGUGCCCGUGCAGAUUGCGCAGGUACGCGGACAUGCGCAGCCCUGCGUCGCUAAAUCUACUCCAGUGUCAGGGGCAUACACAUGUAAUCACGCUUGACUUGUCCAUCACGGAUAACCCUCUACUGCAAGGUAUCAUUAACUCCGGGCUGAACCACAUCCCGUGCAUGGCACUGGAUGUCGACGUGGCGGAGAACGAGGUGGGCGAUUUCCUGGAUAGGCCCAUGACGAGGGUGUUGGAGCUACGAGAGCUCACGGCGUCCUCACAGUCGUUUUUGCGGAGGGUGAUUUUGAAGAGGGCAAGAGCGAAGAUGUCCAAGUACAGGGAGCAACACAGGCAUGUGUCCGCGGAACCCUUCGAGCAUCCUGCGGUUAAACGGGAACUGGAAUUUCUCACUGGUCGCUUUCUCAUUUGUCCUACCGACAAAGCACCCAACACUCAUGCGUUUGUGUGUAAGAACUUCAUUCGGAAGCUCGCCUUCCAAAGGCUGUCCGGACUCGGAGUUCGCGAGCAUCACUGCCCCCCCUGCCGCAGUCAUCGCACGGAUACAAGGCGAGCUUUCAGGCUUUCCCUCGCUUCCAAUAGCACCUCCGGCGCUCCCGUACCUGAUGGCGGUUCUCAAGGCGCACAAGGGCGCAUUCCGGUGGAUCACGAACAGAGCCAGGAUGAUCAUCUCCCCGACAGCGGACCUGUGUGCAAGGCUACUGCGGUUUCUUCUUCCCCUGGUGCAGACAUUUUGUCAGGAGAGAAGCCUAGAGAUGCAGGAGCAGUAUGGCUUGAAGCCAAACCUGUGGUGGUCGAUAGCCUCGGUGGGGGAAUUCUGUGUGAACCUACCAGGAAGGAUCUUCUCUGUCUUCACAGCGGACAUCACCAAAUGCUUCAAGACAAUCCCCACGGACAACUCAGAGGAUGGCCUACCAGCGGCGGUGAGAUUCUACGUGCAGAGUGCGAUGUGGGUGAAGAGGGAGAGGCGCUCGUGCCACGUCAUUCAGGUCAGACUAGGGGAGGGCUACAAGUCCUGGCCUUUGUGGGUGGAUGGCGAUCAGGCCGAGGGAAUGGGCACGAUGUUGUUCAAGGAAGAGGACGUCUUCUGGCUUACUGGAUAGUGCAUCGCCAACAGCGUGCUGCGCAUGGGGGAUUAUGUGCGGAGGCAGGUCAGGGGAAUCCCCAUGGGCCUGGCUUGCUCCCCAAUCUGGUGUGAUAUAUAUUUUUUCAAGUAUGAAUAUCACGCCAUGAU